AUGGCAACUCUGUAUUUUAAAUCACUGUAUGCAGCACCCAUAUCUUGUCCAGUGGAAUAUGGUAGAAGCAACGUAUUCCCACCCAUCCCACCAGAGGAGGUGAUCUUUAUGAAUAGGCUGGUUGUAGAAGCUGAAGUCAAUUACAAAGGUUUGGAGGCCACUAAUAAGGGGAGUGCAUUGGAUUCUGAACGACGGCAAGGAUUUCGUGCUUGCCUUUCCCAAUAUCAUUACUCCGGUUUUCCGUCUCCAAAUUUGCUCCGAUUCCGAUCACACCGAUCUCCGAUCCGUUAUUGCUUUCGAAUUUGUCGUCCUGAAGGAAGCGCGGUAGUUUUCUUUUUUGUAGAGAGUUCCAAGAUGUCCAUGUCUGAUUCUGAUACGUCGUCGCAGGGCGGGGAGUACAAAACUUUCCGCCAAAUUAGCCGUGAUAGAUUGUUGUACGAAAUGCUUCGAUCAACGAAAAAGGGAGAAUCAAAAUCAACUUGGAAGGUGCUUGUCAUGGACAGAAUGACUACUAAAGUAAUGUCAUACGCAUGCAAGAUGGCAGAUAUUACUGAGGAGGGAGUUUCAUUGGUGGAAGAUAUACACAGGCGACGGCAGCCUUUACCUACUAUGGAUGCUAUAUAUUUUAUUCAGCCAACCCAAGAGAAUGUAGGUAUCUUCUUGUCUGAUAUGUCUGGGAGAUCUCCUUUGUACAAAAAGGCAUUUGUUUUCUUCAGUUCUUCUGUACCAAAAGAACUGGUGGGCCAGAUAAAGAGGGGUGUUGGUGUUUUACCUCGCCUUGGUGCCUUGAGUGAGAUGAAUUUGGAAUUCUUUGCGAUAGAUAGUCAGGGUUUUAUUACUGAUAAUGAGAGGGCCCUGGAGGAGCUUUUUGGGGAAGAAGAGAUUUCACGCAAGGGCGAAGCAUGUUUGAAUUCAAUGGCAACCAGGAUUGCUACUGUUUUUGCUUCGCUGCGAGAAUUUCCUUCAGUGCGGUACCGUGCUGCUAAAUCCCUUGAUCCCACUACAAUGACCACAUUCCGUGACCUAAUUCCGACAAAGCUUGCUGCCGGUGUUUGGAAUUGUCUUAUGAAAUAUAAAGCUAGUCUACCUAAUUACCCUCAAACAGAAACAUGUGAAUUGCUUAUUCUUGAUAGAUCUGUAGAUCAGAUUGCUCCGAUAAUACAUGAAUGGACGUAUGACGCCAUGUGUCAUGAUCUGCUAUACAUGGAGGGAAAUAAAUAUGUGCACGAGGUUCCAAGCAAAACUGGGGUACCUGAGAAAAAAGAGGUCCUUUUGGAGGAUCACGACCCUAUCUGGCUAGAGCUUCGACAUGCACACAUAGCAGAUGCUAGUGAACGGUUGCAUGAUAAGAUGACAAACUUUGUCACAAAGAAUAAAGCAGCACAAAUGCACCAUGGUGCCAGAGAGGGCAGUGAGUUGUCUACCCGUGAAUUGCAGAAGAUGGUCCAAGCAUUGCCUCAAUAUAGCGAGCAAAUUGAAAAACUCUCUCUGCAUGUUGAUAUUGCUGGAAAGAUUAACAGAAUUAUAAGGGAAUCAGGACUAAAAGAACUUGGGCAAUUGGAGCAAGACCUUGUUUUUGGAGAUGCUGGGACCAAGGAUGUCAUCAAUUUCCUGAGAAUGAAACCAGAUGUGACACGUGAGAAUAAGCUGCGGUUACUGAUGAUUUAUGCUGCUGUUCAUCCUGAGAAGUUUGAAAGUGACAAACUUACAAAAAUAAUGGAGCUGGCUAGAUUGCCACAGGAAGAUAUGAAUGCAGUAUAUAACAUGAGAUUGCUUGAGGGAGCCACAGAAAGCAAAAAGAGCUCUAUUGUACCAUUUUCCCUGAAAUUUGAUGUUCACAAGAAGAAACACGCUGCUAGAAAGGAUCGGGCUGGUGAAGAAGUGCAAUGGCAAUUAUCACGCUUCUACCCCAUGAUAGAGGAACUUCUAGAGAAAUUGCAUAAAGGAGAGCUUCCCAAGAAUGACUAUCCGUGUAUGAAUGACCCAAGUCCAAGUUUUCAUGGCACCUCUCAUAGUGCAUCAGUUCGAACGGGUGAUACUCCGACUGCACAUUCAGUAAGAUCAAGACGGACAGCGACAUGGGCCCGUCCCCGAAACUCUGAUGAUGGCUAUUCAAGUGAUUCAGUUCUGAGGCAUGCAUCUAGUGACUUCAAGAAGAUGGGUCAAAGAAUCUUUGUAUUCAUAGUUGGCGGGGCGACUAGAUCAGAGGUGCGAGUUUGCCAUAAGCUAACUACAAAGCUGAAGAGGGAAAUAAUUCUCGGCUCAUCUAGUCUUGAUGACCCUCCACAAUUCAUUACAAAAUUGAAGCUCAUGACCGCAUCUGAACUCUCGUUGGAUGAUCUUCAGAUAUGA